AUAUAAAAAAUCCACAGUUUCGCAUCACCUCUCUCUUUUCUCACUUUCGUCUUUGACGAAAGACACAAUCUUUCGCUCUCUGUAAAUUCCAGAGAUACAUGUUCGAUGAUGGGAAGGAGGACCUGAGGUCUUCAAGCUGAUUCUUCACCAAUACUUGCUUCUCAAAACGACGAAUUCUCGUUGGUUAAAACCAUGGCCGAGUCUUCAAAGGAAGAGGUGGUUCAGCUCAUCAAGCGCUUCGGGGCUUAUCUCACUGUCAAGAUGUCCAGUCUAUUCCCGAUCUCCCUCCACAAUCUGAAUUCACGUUCUAUUGGGGCAAUUGCGGGCUUUGCUGUCGCAAUAGUUUUCACAUGGAGGCUGCUGAGAUCACCGAGUGGACCUCAAAGAAGGCAACCCAAGCGGCAGGCACCUGCAUCGAGUAGUUCUGGCGUCAGUUCAAAUUCAAAUGCAACAUUGACAACUCCGGGAGUUUCAUCUUCAGAGGACUCCAGAACCCAAAACGUUGUUGAUGAAUUUUUUCAGCCAGUAAAGCCUACUUUGGGGCAAGUAGUUCAGCAGAAACUGAGUGAAGGAAGAAAGGUAACUUGUCGUUUACUCGGAGUAAUCCUUGAGGAAAGUACCCCGGAGGAACUUCAGAAACAUGUUACUGUGAGGUACUCAGUGCUGGAAGUACUCUUGGAGAUCACAAAAUUUUGUGAUCUGUAUCUCAUGGAAACAGUUCUCGAUGAUGAAAGUGAAAAAAAGGUUCUAGUGGCUUUGGAAGAUGCUGGGAUUUUCACAUCUGGAGGUUUGGCCAAAGACAAGGUUCUCUUCUGUAGCACAGAGAAUGGACGGACUUCUUUUGUUCGGCAAUUGGAACCAGAUUGGCAUAUCGACACAAAUCCUGACAUCAUAUUCCAAUUAUCUAGGUUUAUCAAGUAUCAGCUUCACAUAUCUCCUACCAGAACGGAACGGGCUGCUUCUAAUGCAUUCAACUCCCCAUCCUUGGAACAGUUCUUUGGACCUGUUUGACGCCCCGAGAAACGAAAGAUAAGAAUACAAUGUUUAGAUUUCUAUUAGGGUUUUCUUUUCCCCACAUUCGGGUUUUGUGUCGAUCGUACUUUUGAAGUUCCGGCUGCAGCUUAACAAUGCUAAACGCCGGUCUUCUUGUCGGUGUAUUUUUGUAUCCUGUCGUUGGUAGUCAGAUGAUAGACUUGCUCUGUAUCACCCCACUGUUUCAAGGGACAAUCCCAUUGUUUGAAAUUUGUUGGAUCAAAUCGAAACUCCGACUUAAAAUUUUCAUGAAAUGGUUAAUGCUAUUGUUUGCAACUUA